UCCAAAAUGGCGAGGUAGUGUUUGUAACAUAUUUAUUGUAUGGUAUGAUAGAAGAUUUAGUAGAUAGACGUGUUUGAUAUUUUGUAAAAAGUUUAUUAGAAUGUUUCUAGUAAAGAGAGACAUUUUUUUAAACGUGUUAUUGACUGGUGCUAUAGGCGUUUGUUCGUUCAUCGGAGAUCAAGGUUUGAAAUACGGAAAAACCGUUGUACAACGCGCGAUUUUUGACAACGUUACUCACGCAAUAGUCGGUGGUCUUACUUGGGCAGUGAUUUUAAACUUGUCAAAACUGUCACUUAUUCAUAAUCUAAGAAGUAUCUUCUGCUGCUUUUGUUUGUCGUCUUUUAUCGAUGUAGAUCACUUUAUCGCAGCAUGUAGUUGGAAGAUAAAUGAUGCUACACACUUAGAAAAACGGCCAUUCCUACAUUGUACCACUGUUCCAAUAUCAUUGUGGUUCAUAUUCAAUUUUUACUCAAAUGUUCUUAAUUAUCCAAAAUUCAGCUAUUACUCAUGGAUUAUCUUAGCAAGUUUUUUGAGUCAUCACAUACGAGAUGCUACAAGGAGGGGUUUAUGGUUCUGUCCUAUUGGUUCUACACAGCCUAUUCCAUAUUAUUUAUAUUUAAUCAUGAGCAUGAUGCUUCCUCAUGUGCUACAGUGGCUCAUGAUCUCCUUUAUACAUGAAUCUAGGACUCACAAUGCAACGCUAAUUGAUGUUGUGUAAAUAAUGUAAAAAUAUUUAUCAACUGUAUGUAUAAUAGCUGUAUAUAUAAAUGACAAUAUUAUACUUUUGUAAUAAAAGUGCCACAACUAGAGAGAGUAUUCCAGAAGAAGCAAAAACCGCAUAAUAUCACACGAAUAAGGAGUGCAAUAAUUACUCCUGAAUAGUCAAAUUAUAAAGGCAAAUAAGGUUUUUAUAAUUGGUUGAGUACUUUUAUAUUAUCAUAGUAAUAAUUUGAAAGUCACAUUUUUUGAGUUGUGUCACUUUUGUUGCAAGUGUGCAAUAUACUAUUUUUUUAUCGAUAUAC